AUGGCUUCUUCUUCUCGUAUUCUCACACGUGCGAACUCCUUUAGACCUUCAGUUUCUGCUUGGCAAACAACGGCGCGAUCCUCUCUUCUUUCUAGACGACCCAAUUUGUAUCAAAAUUCAAAGCGCACCUAUGCAUCAGCAACAAAAACCUCUGGAACAAGUCUCUACAUAGGGAUUGGAGCCGCCACUCUUGCCCUCGCUGGAACUGGCUAUCUGUUUGCAAACCAUGGAACUCUUCUACCUGGAACCCCAGACAAAGACAUUGUGAUAUCCCCUAAAUAUGAUGACUAUCAAAAAGUUUACAAUGAAAUUGCUGACAGGCUCGUGAAUUUUGAUGACUAUGAUGAUGGAAGCUACGGGCCUGUGUUAGUUAGGCUAGCAUGGCAUGCGUCUGGUACAUACGAUAAGGAAACCGGUACAGGAGGAUCCAAUGGCGCUACUAUGAGGUUCUCUCCCGAGAAAGAUCAUGGUGCAAACGCUGGUUUAGAAGCAGCGCGGAAUUUUCUCGAGCCGGUAAAAGAAAAAUUUCCAUGGAUUAGUUAUUCCGACCUAUGGAUUCUUGCAGGGGUUGUUGCGAUUCAAGAGAUGCAAGGUCCCAUCAUACCAUGGCGACCCGGUCGAAGCGACAAAGAUCUAAGUGCAUGCACGCCUGACGGUCGUCUGCCGGAUGCAACUCAGGGAAAGAAACAUCUCCGUGAUAUAUUUGGGCGUAUGGGCUUCAACGAUCAAGAGAUUGUCGCUUUGAGUGGUGCACAUGCGCUAGGUCGGUGCCAUACCACUCGCUCUGGCUUCGACGGUCCAUGGACAUUUUCCCCGACUGUUCUUACCAACGAAUACUACCGCCUACUGCUUAAUGAGAAGUGGUCAUGGAGAAAAUGGGAUGGCCCAAAACAACUGGAAGACAAAACAACAAAAACGUUGAUGAUGCUUCCUACUGACUAUUCAUUAAUUGGCGACAAAGACUUCAAGUCAUGGGUCAAAAAGUAUGCUGAUGACAAUCAAUUGUUCUUUCAUGACUUUUCAAAUGUUAUUUUAAAACUUUUCGAAUUAGGAGUCCCAUUCCCUGAGGGCUCAGAGCGUUUUCAAUUCAAACCCACCUCAGAUUCUUAG